UGUUGUGGGGCUGAGGCGGCGCUGCGAAGCCGGAGCGGCCGUGACAGGCUGCGCAACAGGUUCGCUGUCGGCGGCCUGGCGACGAACCCGGCAGCGGCGGCGGCCGAGCAGGGUCUCCCGGCGUCCGCCUGCACCAGCGCUGCUGGAGCCGAGGGGCGCGGGGUCGCGCCGUGACGUGCGGGAGGCGCGGCGGAGGCGCCAGAUGGCUGAGAGCUAGCAAGGAAAGUUCAGGACCAUGAUGGCUCAAUUUCCCACAGCUAUGAAUGAGCUGAAAAAGAUCAGUGCAUCAUAUUUUUCCACUUGUGACUCUCCUUCUGGUGUCUUCUGCACCAGCAGAACCAUCCUUGCCAAAGCCUUCUUUAAUCAUGGAGGGCCAAACAUGUGGGCUAUUACUUCUGAAGAACGGACUAAGCAUGACAAGCAGUUCGAUAACCUCAAACCCUCAGGAGGUUAUAUAACAGGUGAUCAAGCACGUGCAUUUUUCUUACAGUCAGGACUGCCAGCUCCUGUUUUAGCUGAAAUAUGGGCUUUGUCAGACCUGAACAAGGAUGGGAAGAUGGACCAGCAGGAGUUCUCCAUAGCUAUGAAACUCAUCAAACUGAAGUUACAAGGCCAGCAGCUGCCCGUGGUUCUCCCUCCUAUUAUGAAACAGCCUCCUAUGUUUUCUCCAUUAAUUUCUGCUCGUUUUGGAAUGGGAAGCAUGCCCAAUCUCUCCAUGCCUCAGCCCUUGCCUCCAGUCGGACCUAUAGCAACACCCUUGUCCUCUGCGACUUCAGGGACCACCCUUCCUCCCUUAAUGAUGCCUGCUCCCCUAGUGCCUUCUGUUAGCACUUCAUCAUUACCAAAUGGAACCGCCAGUCUCCUUCAGCCUUUAUCCAUUCCUUAUUCUUCUUCAACAUUGCCUCAUACGUCAUCUUACAGUCUGAUGAUGGGAGGAUUUGGUGGUGCUAGUAUACAGAAAGCCCAGUCUCUGAUUGAUUUAGGAUCUAGUAGCUCAACUUCCUCAACUGCUUCGCUCUCAGGGAACUCGCCCAAGACUGGGACCUCAGAGUGGGCAGUUCCUCAGCCUUCAAGAUUAAAAUAUCGGCAAAAAUUUAAUAGCCUUGACAAAAGCAUGAGUGGAUACCUCUCAGGUUUUCAAGCUAGAAAUGCCCUUCUUCAGUCAAAUCUUUCUCAAACUCAGCUAGCUACUAUUUGGACUCUGGCUGACGUCGAUGGUGACGGACAGCUAAAAGCUGAAGAGUUUAUUCUUGCUAUGCACCUCACUGACAUGGCCAAAGCUGGACAGCCAUUGCCCCUGACUUUGCCUCCUGAGCUUGUCCCUCCAACUUUUAGAGGAGGAAAGCAAAUUGAUUCCAUUAAUGGAACUCUACCUUCAUAUCAGAAAAUGCAAGAAGAGGAGCCUCAGAAAAAAUUACCAGUUACUUUUGAGGACAAGCGGAAAGCCAACUAUGAGCGAGGGAACAUGGAACUGGAGAAGCGACGCCAAGUCCUGAUGGAGCAGCAACAGAGGGAAGCAGAACGUAAAGCCCAGAAAGAAAAGGAAGAGUGGGAACGAAAACAGAGAGAAUUACAAGAGCAAGAAUGGAAGAAACAACUUGAAUUAGAAAAACGCUUGGAGAAGCAGAGGGAAUUGGAGAGACAGCGGGAGGAAGAAAGGAGAAAAGAGAUAGAAAGACGAGAGGCAGCAAAACAGGAACUUGAAAGACAACGUCGGUUAGAGUGGGAGAGAAUUCGUAGACAGGAGCUUCUCAAUCAGAGGAAUAGAGAACAAGAAGAAAUUGUCAGGUUAAACUCCAAGAAGAAGAGUCUUCAUCUGGAGUUGGAAGCACUGAAUGGCAAACAUCAGCAGAUCUCAGGCCGCCUUCAAGAUGUCCGACUCAGAAAGCAAACUCAAAAGACUGAGCUGGAAGUUCUGGAUAAGCAGUGUGACCUGGAAAUUAUGGAAAUCAGGCAUCUCCAACAAGAACUUCAAGAAUAUCAAAAUAAGCUUAUCUAUUUGGUACCUGAGAAGCAGUUAUUAAAUGAAAGAAUUAAAAACAUGCAGCUCGGUAACACACCUGAUUUAGGAAUGGGUUUACUUCAUAAAAAAUCACUGGAAAAGGAAGAAUUAUGCCAAAGACUUAAAGAACAGUUAGAUGCUCUUGAAAAAGAAACUGCAUCUAAGCUAUCAGAAAUGGAUUCAUUUAACAAUCAACUAAAGUGUGGGAAUUUGGAUGACUCUGUUCUUCAGUGCCUUUUGUCUCUGCUAAGCUGUCUCAACAACCUCUUCCUCUUACUUAAGGAACUGAGAGAAAGCUACAAUACACAGCAGUUAGCCCUUGAACAACUUCAUAAGAUCAAACGUGACAAAUUGAAAGAAAUUGAAAGAAAAAGAUCAGAGCUAAUACAGAAAAAAAAGCUAGAAGAUGAGGCUGUAAGGAAAGCAAAGCAAGGAAAAGAAAACUUAUGGAGAGAAAAUCUUAGAAAGGAGGAAGAAGAAAAACAAAAGCGACUCCAGGAAGAAAAAACACAAGAAAAAGUUCAAGAAGAGGAGCAGAAACCUGAGGAGAAACAAUGUGAGCCAGCUAGCGCUUUGGUGAAUUACAGAGCAUUAUAUCAUUUUGAAGCAAGGAACCAUGAUGAAAUGAGUUUUAAUUCUGGCGAUAUAAUACAGGUUGAUGAAAAAACCACAGGAGAACCUGGUUGGCUUUAUGGUAGUUUUCAAGGACAUUUUGGCUGGUUUCCAUGCAACUACGUAGAAAAAAUGCCAUCAAGUGAAAAAUCUGUGUCUCCUAAAAAGGCCUUACUUCCUCCUUCAGUAUCUUUAUCUGCUACCUCAACUUCUCCUGAAUCACUUUCUUCAAAUCAACCAGCAUCGGUGACUGAUUAUCAAAAUGUAUCAUUUUCAAACUUAACUGUUAAUACAUCAUGGCAGAAAAAAUCAGCUUUCACUCGCACCGUGUCCCCGGGAUCUGUGUCACCUAUUCAUGGACAGGGACAGGCUGUACAAAACCUAAAAGCACAGGCCCUUUGUUCCUGGACUGCAAAGAAAGAUAACCACUUGAACUUUUCAAAACAUGAUAUUAUUACCGUGUUGGAGCAGCAAGAAAACUGGUGGUUUGGGGAGGUGCAUGGAGGAAGAGGAUGGUUUCCAAAAUCUUACGUCAAAAUCAUCCCUGGGAGUGAAGUCAAACAGGAAGAACCAGAAGCUUUGUAUGCAGCUGUAAACAAGAAACCUACCUCUGCAGCCUAUACAGUGGGAGAAGAGUAUAUUGCACUUUAUUCAUAUUCAAGUGUAGAACCUGGAGAUUUGACAUUCACUGAAGGUGAAGAAAUAUUGGUGACCCAGAAAGAUGGAGAAUGGUGGACAGGAAGCAUUGGAGAUAGAACUGGAAUUUUUCCAUCAAAUUAUGUCAAACCAAAAGAGCAAGAGAGUUUUGGGAGUACCAGCAAAUCUGGAACAUUAAACAAGAAACCUGAGAUUGCUCAAGUAACUUCAGCAUAUGUGGCUUCUGGUUCUGAACAGCUUAGCCUUGCACCAGGACAGCUAAUAUUAAUUCUAAAGAAAAACACAAGUGGGUGGUGGCAAGGAGAGUUACAGGCCAGAGGAAAAAAGCGACAAAAAGGAUGGUUUCCCGCCAGCCAUGUUAAACUUUUGGGUCCAAGUAGUGAAAGAACUACACCUGCCUUUCAUCCUGUGUGUCAGGUGAUUGCUAUGUAUGACUAUGUGGCAAAUAAUGAGGAUGAGCUAAAUUUCUCCAAAGGACAACUCAUCAAUGUUUUGAACAAAGAUGAUCCUGACUGGUGGCAAGGCGAAAUCAAUGGGGUGACUGGUCUCUUCCCUUCAAACUAUGUUAAGAUGACAACAGACUCAGAUCCAAGUCAACAGUGGUGUGCUGAUCUGCAAACCCUGGACACCAUGCAGCCGAUGGAGAGGAAAAGGCAGGGCUAUAUCCAUGAACUGAUCCAGACUGAAGAGCGGUACGCGGCCGACCUUCAGCUGGUCGUUGAGGUUUUUCAGAAACGGAUGGCCGAGUCAGGCUUUCUCACUGAAGGAGAAAUGGCCUUGAUCUUUGUUAACUGGAAGGAGCUCAUCAUGUCUAACACGAAGCUGCUGAAGGCCUUGCGUGUUCGGAAGAAGACAGGGGGCGAGAAGAUGCCUGUGCAGAUGAUCGGGGACAUCCUGGCAGCCGAGCUGUCCCACAUGCAGGCUUACAUCCGGUUCUGCAGCUGUCAGCUCAAUGGAGCAGCCCUGUUACAGCAGAAGACAGAUGAAGACACGGACUUCAAAGACUUUUUAAAGAAGCUGGCAUCUGACCCUCGAUGUAAAGGAAUGCCCCUCUCCAGCUUCCUGCUGAAGCCCAUGCAGAGGAUCACCCGCUACCCUCUCCUCAUCAGAAGUAUUCUGGAGAACACCCCGGAGAACCACGUAGACCACUCCUCCUUAAAACUGUCCCUCGAGCGGGCAGAGGAGCUUUGCUCCCAAGUUAAUGAAGGAGUUCGGGAGAAGGAAAAUUCAGACCGACUGGAGUGGAUCCAGGCACACGUCCAGUGUGAAGGUCUCGCCGAGCAACUUAUUUUCAACUCGCUCACCAACUGCCUGGGUCCCCGGAAGCUCCUGCACAGUGGGAAAUUAUACAAGACCAAAAGCAAUAAGGAGCUACACGGAUUCCUCUUCAAUGACUUCCUGCUUCUUACCCACAUGGUCAAGCAGUUUGCCGUUUCCUCAGCCUCUGAGAAACUCUUCAGCUCUAAGUCCAACGCUCAGUUCAAAAUGUAUAAAAUGCCCAUUUUCCUGAAUGAAGUCUUGGUGAAACUGCCCACAGACCCCUCCAGCGAUGAGCCCGUCUUCCACAUUUCUCACAUUGACCGGGUCUACACCCUCAGAACAGACAACAUUAACGAGAGGACUGCCUGGGUCCAGAAGAUCAAGGCAGCUUCUGAGCAGUACAUCGACACAGAGAAGAAGAAACGGGAGAAGGCCUAUCAAGCUCGCUCUCAAAAGACGUCAGGCAUUGGGCGUCUGAUGGUGCAUGUCAUUGAAGCUACAGAAUUAAAAGCCUGUAAGCCAAAUGGGAAGAGCAAUCCGUACUGUGAAAUCAGCAUGGGCUCCCAGAGCUACACCACCAGGACCCUCCAGGACACGCUAAACCCCAAGUGGAAUUUUAAUUGCCAGUUCUUUAUUAAGGAUCUUUACCAAGAUGUGCUAUGUCUCACCAUGUUUGACAGAGACCAGUUUUCACCAGACGAUUUCCUGGGUCGUACUGAAAUUCCGGUGGCAAAAAUUCGAACAGAACAGGAAAGCAAAGGCCCUAAAACCCGCCGACUCCUGCUGCACGAGGUCCCCACCGGUGAGGUCUGGGUCCGCUUUGACCUGCAGCUUUUUCAGCAAAAAACUCACCUGUAGGGACCUCGGGGAUCUGCCCACUAGGCUGGGGCUGGAGAAGAUGGCCAGUGUCGCCGCCAGGCUGAAGGAGCAUCAGUCACAACUUCAUCCAUCACAAGCCCACGCACGCUGGGGCCCCUCUAUUUUAUUGCACAUUAAAUCUCUAGCAAUCUAUGCAAACAUAAUCUUUCCUAUAAAUAAACCAAACCCCAUAGCACAGUGCCUUGUAUUAGUGUUAACAUGUCGGCUGUGUUUAGAUGCCAAGGUUUCCAUUUUCAGGGCUGUAAAAAGUAUUAUGUGGAAAUGAGGCAUCAGACCACCAGACGUUACCACUUGGUUGAAUGUGUCCACUGUGGGUGGUUUUGGUGACGCUGUAACCAUUCCAUGCCACGUGACCUCUGCUGGGUCACAGCCACUCAGGAGGUGAAGGAUUGAGGGGAAAAUGCUGCAGCCUCAGUGCAGGAACAGCCUGAUACCGAAAUAGGGUCUACUUGUGCACUGAAGACAAAACAAACUUGAUCAUUUUAUUCCUGAUUAGAUUUUAUCAUCCUCUGCUGAGACAAUAUAGUUUGAAAUCUAAAGGGGAAAAGCUUGAUUUACUUUCAAUACUGUGAACUCUAAUGAUGUGGAAAAUAUUUUUCAACUUUAAUUUUCUGAAGUAUAAAUUAUUUAUGUAAAUUCCUUGUUUUUGCGUAUUUCAUAGGACAUGCAUCUUUAAGCUUUCUCAUUGCCAAUAUGUACAGAAAGAGAAUAAAUAUGUAAGUUCAUGAAUGGAA